GUCACUGCUGUUUUGACGGGCGCUCGGUGCGGGGCCUGUUGCGGGAAUUUGUGUGAACGGGAGAUGGAUGCGGUGUAGAUGUGAGUGGGAGAAACUGGUGGCACAAUCCGGGGAUGCGGGAGGAUGAAGCAGCGCGAUGCAAAGCCGAGCCGUCCGCGGCCUACACUGCUACUACCUCCUCAUGUCGCUAGCAUGCAAUGUUCUCCUUUAUUCACUCACUGCUGCAAUUAUAAUAUGCUGAAAAACAACAGUUCCGCCUUGUUCUCCGUGUGUGUGUGUGUGUGUGUGUGUGUGUGUGUGUGUGUGUGUGUGUGUGUGUGAGAGAGAGAGAGAGAGAGAGAGAGAUAUAUUUACAUUCGAGACCCGCGGCUUUCUUAUGUUUUGGAAGACGCGGCUAACCAGAAACGCACCGCGGGGCUCUUCAGAAACCAUUUAAGACACUGCUGAUAAGGAGCGAACGAUCAACACCAUGAACCCUGUCUACAGCCCUGCACCAACAGGGGUUCCUUAUGCCAACCCUAAAGGAAUAGGAUACCCAGCUGGUUUUCCAGUUGGCUAUGCAACAGCUGCCCCUGCAUACUCCCCCAGCGUGUACUCUGGAGCAAACCCAGCGUUUCCUGCAGGUUAUGCCCAAGGGACACCAUUCAAAAUGUCCUGCUCCCCAACAACAGGUGCUGUACCCCCCUACUCCUCCUCCCCUAACCCAUACCCUGCUGCUGUGUAUCCUGUGAGGAGCUCUUAUCCUCAGCAGAAUCCCUAUGCUCAGCAGCAAGGCACUUACUACACACAGCCCCUGUAUGCUGCGCCGCCUCAUGUCAUUCAUCACACUACAGUGGUUCAGCCCAAUGGCAUGCCAGCGGCUAUAUACGCUCCUCCCAUCCCUCCUCCACGCCCUAAUGGAGUCGCCAUGGGAAUGGUAGCAGGCACUACUAUGGCAAUGUCAGCGGGGACUUUAUUAACAACUCACUCCCCAACUGCAGUAGCUCCCCACCCCGUCACAGUGCCUACAUAUCGACCCCCUGGCACACCCACCUACAGCUAUGUGCCCCCUCAGUGGUGAACAGAUAGCACUGUUAGAAGAUGAUAGAUAUGCAUUUGCACAGUCCAGUAUUUUACAGCUACAGUUGGGGCUGAUGCCACAUGUGUUCCCAGCCAAUCGUUCUUCCUUCUAAGCAUAAUGUGAAUCUGAACCCCGUUGGACGAAGAAAGAAAAUUUUGGAGCGGGAAUGAAAACCUUUCCGUUUCCGAUCACAUUUGUUAGCAUUACUCAUGUUCUCUGGCAUAUUUCACAUCAGAAGACUAGCUCUUCAUGCAGACUUGUGUUUUGUGGACUGUCUUGCAGUUUUUAUAGCAUUUAACUCUUGAAGUGGUUGGAAAAAAAAGAGAAGGGAAGUGGAAUUAGUUUGUAUUUGGAAUCCAUAUUGAAGUGAGUGCAUGUACGUAUUGAAAAUAAUAAUGCUAGCUGAAUCUACCUGCCAUGAUUGAUGCAAAACCAUCAAAAGUUUAUAAGAAGCAACAUCCAAACUGUUAGGGUCAACGCAGCAACUUCACAUCUCUAAUGCAGUGUCUUUAUUGUUGUUACAUAGAAAAUAUAAAUUAUGUUUUCCAUUUAAAAAAAAAAAAAAAGACAGUGUUGUACAAUUCUUACAUUGCUUUGGUUUUAACAUGGGUUUUAAUUUGAUUAAUUGUAACAGAUGUCUGUAUCUGGGUAACACAUGUUACUCUUCUGCCACUUUGUAUGUGAAUGUUGGGUUGGGUAUUUUUUAUUUUUGUGCCUCAAACACAGAUUUCCAUUUCCGUUAUGAUGGUUUAUCAUUCCUCAUGCUCUUGCUACAGAAACUUAUUGCACAUCUUUGCCUGUGUGGAAACAGAUUGGUUAGCUGAGCUGCCAAAUAUACCGGUGUAUUGGUGCUGAAAGCAUGCCUACUUAUUUCUGUGCUUUUAGGGUUUGCAUUUGCUAAAGAAUUGACAAAGAGUGAUGGUGGAAUCAUUGCUUAUCUAACACAUUUUGACAUGUAGUAAAAACAAAGUUAUGUGGCCAAUUUAUAACCCAGGCAUAUUUGAUAACACUACUGAGGACAUAGUAAGUUAUUGGAGACAUUUGGUUAAGAAACCCCAAAACACUUACAUUGCUUGUUACCUCAAGGUUGCACCAUUACUGACUGAAAUUCAUUGUCUUUUUACUUAUUCAUAUUGCCUAUGUCACCUUGGUUAAAGAAUGUUUUGUAAUGUUUGUGUUUUUGUUUUGUACUUUCAAGAAAGACCAAAAAUAAAUACAAUAAUGAACGUUGUCUUUAGUCUUGAGUGCUAAGAGUUAAAGAGCCAGGUUGGAAAAAAACUACACCAGACCCGAAGGUCAGCAGCAGCAACAUAAAGCAUGGUGGUUGAGGUCAUGUGUACUAGAAAAACUUUGUUAAGCCAAUGUUGACCAGCGUUAUCCAUUUUCCCACCACACCACUGCACCACCACCUCCUACCUUGGCUGUUGCUGUAGUUGGGUCCAUGGAUCCAGGCUGUAUAUCUGUAUACUGGCUGUAUAUCACAGAGGACGUAAGAUUCAUCAGACCAGGUGAGGGUUUUCCAGUCUUAGACUGUCCGGUUUUGGUAGGCCUGUGCCCGCUGGGGCCUUGGAUUCCUGUUGUAGACUGAUGGCAGAGGUGCAUGAUGUGAUCCUCUGCUCUCAUGGCCUGUCCAGUCUCUAAACUCUAGAGACUGUUAUGUGUGAAAAUCCCAGGAGAUCAGCAUUUUUUGAAAUGCUCAAACCAGCCCAUCUGGAAUCAACAACUGUGCUACUGUUAAAGUCACAGAGAUCACACUCUUCCCCAUUCUGAUAUUGGAUGUGAACAUUAAAUGAAGCUCUUGGCCUCUAUUUGUAUGAUUUUAUGUAUUUUCCUGCCACAUGACUGACUGAUACAGACUGUACUGUAAUGGCAUGUGAAACUAUUAUGCAUAGGCAACUUAUUAACUAAGAAAAAAAUUGUCAAAUUUGACAAUCGCAUAUGAAACAGUAAAUUCUUGUUAUUAAGCAUUUUGAAAGUGUGUUAUGCUGUAUCUUAUAUAUGUUUGUCAAAUCUGUGAGAGGAAAUGAAAUGAUAUAAUGGCAUAAGAAUUAAACAAAUUUUCCCUUUUCAUUAAAAGCUGCUUCUGUAGCUACUAAA